CUCUCGGGCCACUGAUUACCUGCAGGGUCUGAACUGGAUUCAGGUGUGCUCCUCCUGUGGUGAGCAAAGGUUUGAGUGUGUUAGCAGAAGUGAAGUCCAGCACACCACCAGCAGCAGUGGAUCCAGGCCGGCUGAUUAGCACAUUAACAUGGAAGCAGCCAGCAGAGAAACCUUCGCCAAAGUGCUGCGGUUUAUUGGGAGCCUGAGCCGUAAGAGGCCCAUCGAGCCCGAGGGGGAGGAGUCCGCCCUCUGCCGCUGCCUGAGCGCCCUGGACCUGGUGGCCCUGGGCGUGGGCGGCUCGCUGGGCGCCGGGGCCUACGUGCUGUCAGGAGAGGUGGCGCGGGAAGUGGCCGGGCCCAGCGUCAUCGUCUCCUUCCUGGUGGCGGCGGUGGCGGCCAUCUUUGCAGGACUGUGCUAUGCAGAGUUCGGGGCCCGUGUCCCGAAGACGGGCUCUGCUUACCUGUACAGCUACGUGACGGUGGGGGAGCUGUGUGCGUUUGUCACCGGCUGGAACCUGCUGCUGUCCUACAUCAUCAGAGCAUCGAGCAUAGCGAAGGCCUGGAGUGGGACCUUUGACGACCUGAUACACAACGUUAUGGCCGCCACGCUGAGAAAAUCCACAGCGAUGGACUCGCCGGGCCUCGCUCUAUACCCAGACUUCUUUGCUGCAGCGCUGAUAAUGUUGCUGGCAGGGAUCCUCGCAUACGGCAUGAAAGAGUCCGCCGGGCUGAAUUCCAUUUUCACCGCGGUGAAUAUAUUGGUGUUGCUUUUUAUCAUCAUCGCUGGCUUCAUAAAAGGGGACAUCAACAACUGGCACAUCAGUGAGGACGCUAUCCUGAAUGCCACGCUGCACGCAGGGAAUGUGACUCUAAAUGAAACCACUGACUACGGCGUCGGCGGCUUCUUCCCCUUCGGCUUCGAUGGGACUUUGGCAGGAGCUGCAACAUGUUUCUACGCCUUUGUUGGAUUUGACUGCAUUGCCACAACAGGGGAGGAGGUAAGGAACCCGCAGAGGGCGAUCCCUCUUGGGAUUGUGGUCUCCCUGCUGAUCUGCCUCCUGGCUUAUUUUGGGGUGUCGGCUGCCCUGACCCUCAUGAUGCCCUACUACCUCCUGGACGCCCACAGCCCUCUACCUGUGGCCUUCGAAUACGUCGGCUGGGAGCCAGCAAAGUAUGCUGUGUCACUGGGAUCCCUGUGUGCUCUGUCCACAAGUCUCCUGGGAGUCAUGUUUCCGACACCGCGGGUGCUCUUUGCCAUGGCGAGGGACGGGCUGCUCUUCCAGCCGCUCGGCAAAGUGAGCUCCAGGCAGAUUCCUGUCACAGCCACACUGAGCUCAGGUGCUGCGGCAGCCUUCAUGGUUCUGUUGUUCGAUCUAAAGGCGUUGGUUGACAUGAGUUCAAUUGGGACUAUGUUUGCCUACACUCUUGUUGCAGUUUGUAUUCUCAUAUUAAGAUACAAAGAAGAUUCCAGUUUUGUCCACAGAUCAGAGCCAUUUACAUUAAUGGGACUCCUACGGCCUCCCUCUCGACCCACCCACCGAACCUCGAAAAACGUUAACAUUGUCAUAGUUAUUAUUUUGUUUGUGGUGAUCGUUUUAAGCGUGGUGCUGUCCGAGACUGUGGAUUCCCUCUGGCGGAGAGAGCCGCGGACUCUGCUGCUCGUCUCUGUCCUUGCGCUGACACUGGUCCUCGCUCUUGUUAUCAUCUGGAGACAGCCGCAGAACACCACGAAAGCUGCUUUCAUGGUUCCACUUCUACCUGUGCUUCCUGUUGUAAGCAUCUUCAUCAACGUCUACCUCAUGGUGCAGCUGGGAGGAGAGACGUGGAUCAGCUAUGCAGUUUGGAUGGCAGUGGGCCUGGUGGUCUACUUUGGCUAUGGCGUUCAUCACAGCGUGCAGAGACGACGGCUCAGGGAGGCUCGCAGCCAGAUGAAUAUCGACAAUUUGAACAGGAAUGCUGUGGACUCUGCAGGCUGACUGCAGGCGUCUUAACUGCGGCCAUUGAAAAAUAUGGAACAUUAUUUUCAACUUAGCUGGUUCAAGUUGAUCACAAAAAAAAAAAAAAAAAAAUGUUGAAAUUGACACAAGCUGAUCGAAGAAUCACCUUGAAAUAUUCUUAGCAGUUUAAUGAAGAUUCAGCCAGACUCAGAAUGACUGAACUGUACCCGAUGCCUCUCUUGAUGCAUAUUUUAUGGUUAAAAUUAGUUUUUGUUGGCAGAGGAUGUUACCUGUACCUGUAAAUAUAUGUGGUGUGAUGCCACACUGCAUCUUACACCUUUUAAUCAUUUUAUCCAUGUAGACCUGAACUUCCACUCAGGACUAUGCAGUCAUGGAUAUUAUUGAUAUUCAAUGUACAACGGUUUUAGACAAAAACAGGGAUUUUUAAUUUUGUAAUAAGUAAGAAUAAAUGACGAUGAAAUUGUAAAUAAAUUUUAUAGAAGUG